AUGAGGUUGUUGAAGUAUCCCUUAGAAGGUAUUAGCGGUAAUGUUACGAGUCUUGUUACAAUUGACGCCGAGUAUGUUGUUGUGUGUGGGAGUCGCGGAGAUAUACAGGUAUGGCACCAGCAACAGUUACUGGAUACCGCGUUUGACAGGUGUACCCUUGAAACUUUGAAGCCGAAAUAUAGUUUCACGUUUGAACUUAAAGAUGACGAGGACGAGUUAGUUUUUGCCAUGGGUGAUCGCGAUUGUCUGUACUUGGGAACUGAGCACAGCGUUUACAGCUAUUCCGGAUGGCUAAAAGCGUUGGAAUCUGGUCACACUACAUUGGAAAACAAGCUGAUAUAUACGACAGUGAGCCAAUCUAUCAUUACAGAUGUGAAAUGGGAUUCUCUUUUGGAUAUACUCUUUGUUUUGACUGAUAGGCCUUGUAAGAUACAUUUGUUUGAUACUAGAUCAGCCAACAAAAAGGAAAUUACAUCAAUAGCCCUCGAUAAAAAUAGCAAGCCCCUUACCGGUGUAGUAGAUCCAUCUGGUGCAGGUACAUUCACUGUCUUAACAUCCGAUAGAUCAAUUGUAGUAUAUCAUAUCAAUAGAACUGGUGAUUAUAAAGAAGUGAAAAAACUAUCGCAACACGUAUUAGUCUACCCGUUGCAUUACAAGAUCACUAUGCCCCCACAAGCAGAUUUCCUACCAAUAAUAAACAGUUUAAAAGGUAGCUCAGGAGCAGCAGGUUCAACAGCUACGGUUCUACUUAAUAGAAAUGAAAAUUAUAAAGUGAUGUCUACUUUGGUACCUUCAGCAUCGAGUAAUACUAAGGUUCUAGUGCAUUCCCCAAAAAUGUAUGAGAAGGCCAACUUGAAGAGAGGGACAAUUUCAAGGUACAAUUUAGUAGCUACAUCAACAAAUACAGAUGGCUCGAUUAUGAUAUGGAACACAAAGAGGGGUAAACCAUUAUUUGCCCCACUAAAUAUUUCUGAUUCAGCCAUAAAUGAUAUGAUAUGGUCAAGUAAUGGGUUGACACUUUUUGCAGUGUCGAACGACAAUGUACUUUAUACUUUUGCAUUUUUGCAAGAUGACUUAGGUAAAACUGUGCCUAUGGAGGAAAUUGAGAAUAUACGCCAAUCCAACAUCAUUAAAGAGCCUCUCCCUAUUGCAUAUGUCAUUACUGCUUCCGAUGGUUUGGGGGACAUAUCCACCUCAAAAAAUCAAGGUUUGGGCGUGGCAGCUGAUAAUAGUAGUAAUAUACUUUCUACUGACACUAAUACGAACGAAAAAAAUCUGUCUACAGUAAAUACAACGGAACCUCAGACAAACUCUCAAAGUUCUAGUUAUAACAACAAGCCAGAAAGUAAGCUUGACUCCUCUAAGAGUGAAAUAACUUCCGCAGAUAGUUCUGAUGAGAAGGCUAAAAACUUAGAAGCCAGACCAAUUGAAGCCAAGAGUAAGAAAAUAUUAAAUGGUAAAAAUCUAGAAAGUAAAAGUUCUUCUGUAACAACUAGCGAUAAUAUUCAAAAGAAAGUAGAGGAUUCUAAAUCUAAUGUUAGCGUUACUGCUACAGAAAAGAAAACCAAACCUGAUAAGAAAUCAAUCAAGUCUGAAAAUGGUGAAUCUAAAGUAAAUAAAGCUCAAAAUACUAUCAGUCCAAAAGAAAGUAAUACGACGGACAAUAAAUCAACCACACCGGACUUUAAGAAUCCUUCGUAUCAGGUUCCUAAGGAUCUUAAAAGAAAGCCUAAGGAGGAUGCAUUAGGAAAUGCAGUUACUAAAAGAGCCAAAAAAGACUUAGAGCCUGUUGAUUUUCUAGAUACGGGUCUACUUCUGCCAAAUGUAGCCUUUUCUCGUGUCAGGUUGUCAACUCCAUUGAUUCGAAUGAAUAUUGAUUGUACAUCAUCCAAUGACAGUAAAAUAUUACUAAAUAUUAGAAACGGUAGCGGAAAUGAGCAAAAGCCCACAAUUGUGAAAUUACUUGAUAAAACAGUUACACCAGAAAGAACCUUGUUCCAGGAUUUUAUUCCAAAAUUUGUUAGCCUUGCUACAUCCGGUGAUGAUUUUUGGGCUUGUUCGAGUGAAGAUGGAACUCUAUAUAUAUUCAAUGAUGUAGGGAGGAAAAUUAUUCCACCUCUUACGAUUGGGGUUCCUAUAAGUUUUUUAGAAGCUUGCGGGAAAUAUUUAUUGUGUGUCUCCAGUAUUGGAGAGCUAUAUUGCUGGAAUAUUGCUUCCAGUAAAUUGGAAUUUCCUGUUACAACCAUUUUCCCCUUAUUAAGUCCAAGUAUAAGGUACUCAGAUGAUAUUUUGACUAGAGCUGAAAAUAUUACAAUGUGCUCUGUCACAAAUAAUGGCUUCCCUAUUGCUACUUUGAGUAAUGGGGAUGGUUACAUGUACGAUAAAAAUAUGGAAACGUGGCUUCUUGUCUCUGACGGUUGGUGGGCUUAUGGUUCUCAAUAUUGGGAUUCUACUAAUAACUCUAAUUUGAUUCCAGAUUCUUCUACAAAGCCAACUGAAGGACAGUCUUCUACCGAAAUAUCAAAAGCAAGUAUUGUCACUCUACUGGAGAAGAAGACUAAUAAUGAAUUAACUAGAAAGGGUAGAAUAAAGAAUUUACGAAGAUUUGCUAGGACAAUUCUGAUGAAAGAGGGAUUUGAGAAUAUUGAGGAGAUUGUAACUUUAUCGCACUUGGAAAACAAACUGCUUGUAACAUUGAGGCUUGAAGAGCAGCAUGAGUUUAAGAAACUAAUUAAGCUUUAUGCCGUAAAAUUAGGUGAACUUGGUUAUGUAGAUAGACUUCGUGAUCUUUUUGCAUGGAUUAUUUCUGACAGCAAUGACAAUGGUGACUUAAUUCCUGGUAUUAAUAGAAAAGAAUUAGUUAAAACUCUAUUGACAGCAUGUGCGGAUUUAAGAUCAGUACAACGAGUGACCAUUGAUUAUGCAGAUAUGUUGGGUUACUUACCGAACGAUAUUUUUUUCGAUUGUGAAUCACAAAAUGAUACUGGUAAGUAG